AUGAGGAAACUGUUGCUGCUGCUCGGGCUGACGGCCUUCUGUCUCUGUGCGUUUGUCGCCGCUGACGAACAACCCAACCGACAGGCAGACAAAUCAUCCCUGAAGGAGGAUGGCGUUCUACGGCUGAAUAAAGGGAAUUUCAACAGGGUACUGAGGAAAUAUAAGCAGCUGCUGGUGCACUUCUACGCUCCUCUGUCUGGAGAAGGCCAUCGUAUCUCAGCAGCGUUUGAAGGUGCUGCUGCAGAGCUGAAGGGGUCAGAGGUCAAACUGGCUGUAGUGGAUGUGGCAAAAGAGAAAGAGCUGGCCAAAGAACUCAACGUGACGGGCUUCGCCACAAUCCUGCUUUACAUUUCUGGAGAUAAACUCAACCCUGUACCCUGUCCUGUUCCUCAGAGCUCGGCCUCUAUCUUGACCUGGCUGAAGAGGCGCUCUGGGUCUGCUGAUGACCUCAUCUCUGAUCUUAGCCAAUCAGAGGCCUCAGAGGAGCUGACGGUGGUUGGAUUCUUCAAGGAGCUGAACAGCGAGUACGUCCAGAUGUUUUACGCUGCAGCGACCGACCUUCCUGACAUUAACUUUGCUGUGACACAGAACAAUGACGUUAUCAGCAAAUAUGGUCUCACACAUGAUGUUGUACUGCUGUUCAAAAAGUCUAAGCUCAUCCAGGCUUACAAAAUGAUGCCUGAGACAUCUAAAGAGAUGCUGAUCAUUUUUAUCACCGUCUACCAGAUGGAGCCUGCCACUGAGUACACCGGACAGACAUCCACUCAGAUACUAUCCUCACCUGUGUUAAACCAUGCCCUCCUGUUCGUCAACACGAGCUCUGCUGACUUUAAAGAGAUCCACUCUGCUUUUAACAGCGCUGCAGAAGCAUUCAGGUUAAAGAUGUUGUUUGUGUGGGUGAACGUGGAUGAGCCUCGUAACGGCAGGCUGAUGGAGUACUUCCAUGUUCGGGAGUUUGAGGCUCCUCUCAUACGGAUGGUCAACCUUACAGACCAUGUGACCUAUCACCUGCCUUCUGACACUCUGGAUGUACAGACCAUAAAAACGUUCUGCCAGUCCUACCUAGACGGCAAGGCUAAGCCUAAGAUGCAGAGUGAGCCGAUACCUGAAGGAUGGGACACACAGCCGGUGAAGGAGCUGGUGGGAAUGACUCUGGAGAAAGUGGGCUUUAACCCUGACAACACUGUUUUCGUCAUGUUCUAUCUUCCCUACAGUCCUGAGUCCCACGCUCUGUUUCCACUGUGGGAGGAGUUGGCCGAGGCCUUGAAGGAGCGAGAGGACGUGGUCGUCGCUCGCAUCGAUGCCUCAGCCAAUGACAUCGACAUGUCAAUGCAGGGCGCCUACCCAUCCCUCUGCCUGUUCCCUGCUCUACAUACUGAACGGGUGGUGGUUUACAACGGUAAGAGGAAGGUAAAGGACCUGCUGAAGUUUUUAGAUAAAGAGAUGAAGAAAGCCAAAAAAGACAGAGUGAAGGAGGAUGAGGACAGGAGGAAGUACAUUGAGGCCGCAAAAGCUGAAGAGGCAAAACAAGCCAACCAAACUAAAGACGAGCUUUAAUACAGAAACAAAGAGAGUAGUGUGUGUGUGUGUGUGUG